AUGAGCGACAAGCCUAGUGCCAGUGCCAAAGGCGGCAGUGGCAAGGACAAAACAGCCGACGACCAGAAUACGGAAACACAAUCCACCUCGAAUUCCUGGGUCGCUCCCAGCUUCAUGACUGCCGGCACUGGUCUGGAAUCGACUCAUGCGGCGGCACUGAUGGCGCAACUCGAGCAGGAUUCCGGAUACGGAUCAAUGCCUGGCGACAGUCAAUCGCGAGGUGGCGAGAUGCGCGCCUGGGAGGAUGGGUUGCUCAGAGACAUGCCGACACCUGCGCAUACUCCUCGGCUCAAUGGACAACCCGACUCGUUGAGUGAAAAUGAGAAGCGCGUGCUCGCCAGCCAUGUUCAUCAGCUGCAAUACAACCAGAACCGAGUCGCACUUGCGAAAGCCAUCGGCCAAACGGUGGAGCUCCUCAAACAAUUGCAAGACAUGAAUGCGCACUGGCCAGCAACAUAUCCCUCAGUCAAGCGAUCUGAGUCGCCCAAGCGGCGACCGGCUAUCAAUCAGACACAGUCGACGAGGGACACGUCAAUGUUAUCACGAGAUACCGAGAACAUCGCGGCACCCAGACCCUCACCUUUGCGUAGAGCCGGAACAACCCUCGGUCCAGGUGCGGACGCUGCGGGCGAGUCUUCCACACAAGCUCAGCAACGAAAGUCGCCUGAACCGCGCCUACUUACAUCUCAGAUAGCCCAGGAGUUCUCCAUAUUGAAACUGGAUCUCAAAGUCGGAGCGCUGUCUCAAGCCGAGCUCGUACAUUCACUCGAAAAGAAGUCAAUCGCAUCGCUGCUUGACGGGAAGAUCGGUCAGAGUGUCAGACAUCUGCUGCUAUUACGAGACCGGAUCGAGGAUACUUCGAGCAAGGUUCUCGUCACAGGCGACCUGAACGCUGGCAAGUCGACAUUUUGCAAUGCUUUGCUUCGAAGAAAGAUCCUGCCGGAAGAUCAGCAACCCUGCACGGCCUUGUUCUGCGAAGUCCUCGACGCAAAGGAAAACGGUGGACUCGAAGAGGUGCAUGCGGUACACAAAGACACCAUAUACAACCGAAACGACGAGAGCACAUUCGACGCAUAUUCGCUCCAAGAGCUGGACAAGAUCGUCGUUGAUAAUGACCAGUACAUGCAGUGCAAAAUAUACGUCAAGGACAUCCGGUCCGUCGAUCAGUCCUUGCUCAACAACGGCAUCGUCGACAUCGCUUUGAUCGAUGCUCCCGGUCUGAACUCCGACUCGGUGAAAACAACAGCUGUUUUCGCCCGCCAGGAAGAGAUCGAUGUCGUGGUAUUCGUGGUCUCAGCCGCCAACCACUUCACAUUGUCUGCCAAAGAGUUCAUCUGGCAAGCUGCGCACGAGAAGGCGUACAUCUUCAUGGUGGUCAACGGCUUCGACAACAUCCGAGAUCAGGAACGGUGCAAACGUCAGAUCCUGGAGCAGCUUGCAAAAUUGAGCCCAUACACUUACAAAGAAGCCAAAGAGUUGGUGCACUUUGUCUCUAGCAACGCCGUGCCGGUACAGCCAACACAUCCGCCAGGUGGUCCAGGUGGUGACGCCGGCGGCAGUGGGUCAGCUUCAGGCGGCAGCGAUCCUGGUGAUGGGGAUGACGACUCGAAGAAGGGCAAAGGGAAGGACAAGAAGAAGAUAGAAGACUUCGAAGGCUUAGAAGGAGCAUUGCGACGAUUCGUCCUCGAGAAGCGUGCGCGAUCAAAAUUAGCACCUGCCAAAACGUACCUUAUGAAUUGCCUCGGCGACAUGAACGUGCUGGCAACGGUCAACCGAGACGUCGCGCAAUCCGAACUGGACAGAGUCUCACAGCAGCUUGCUGAAAUUGAGCCUGAAUACGAAGAACGCCAGAAACAACGGAAUGUGGUCACCGAAAAGCUCUCAAAGGAUGUCGACGGCGCCGUAACAGACGUGUACGAUCACACCAAGGCGACAUUGGCAGCCACUAUCAGCAAUGUUGGCCACGAAGAUCUGGGAGUUGAAUAUCCCGGGCUGUUCUCGGCUUUCCAGUAUGCCGAAGAUCUCCGUGUCGCCAUGCUCAACAGCAUAGCAGAUUCAGUCAAAUCCUGCGAGGAAUAUGGACGAGCGAAGUGCGUCACUGGCGUGAGCAUGAUCAAAUCGUUAGGACUACUACACGUCGGAGACAGCUAUGACCAGCUGUCCUUCCGCUCAGACAUGAUGUUCCAGCGCAAGAGGGAUGCUCUAGUGCGAACAGUUGAUACCGACGUUGAGAUCAUGGACUUUUUCGACGUAGCCGGACUGUGGGAGCGACAAGAGAAGACACUCGGCACUGGACUCGCCGUGACGUUGGCAGGCACUUUGGGCACAAGAGCCAUCGGCGGCCUUGGUUGGGUGGACGGGGCCUACAGUGCCUUGCGCGUCGUCGGCUCCCAGAAUCUCAGAAGGAUCGCGGCACCAGCUGCCGUAACAGCAGUCGUUUUGGCUGUAGCCUACGUCCUAUCAACGAUUCCGCAGACACUGCCUCCACGGCUGGCACGCAAGCUCUCUGCCACAUUGACCGGCAUGGACUAUCCACACGCGAACGCGCAUCGCAUAUCCGCCGAGGUCCGCCGAGUAUUGCGCUACCCAUCCCAACAACUAUCAGUCGACUUGGAAAGAGGUGUGGAAGAGCUCAAGCAGAAAAGAGAAGAUGUACAGAAAACCAAGAAAGAAUCGGACGUAGCAUUGAAGUACUUCGGCAACCUGGUCCGCGAUUCAAGCGAAACGAGGCACCGGAUAGAAGGCAUCGACCUUGAAGGGCCGCUACCAGGUGCUGCUGGUGCGUACGCUGUUUAG